AUGACAAUCCCAAACUGUAAAGCAAUGAACAAUACGUGCGUGAUCCUUGUGCUGUUAUUUGCAUUGGUUUCAUGUAUAUUAUCCUCGUAUCUUGAUAUCCCACCGCCACCUGAACGACCUAUACGCUUCAAAACCAAAGAACAGAUUGAAAGCUAUCUCAAAGCUGUGAAAGAUUAUUAUGAUGCAUUUAAAGUAAAGCUUGUCCGUCGGGAUGAUUCGCCUUUAGACGUGUAUAACGAGUGGAAUAAAUUCACCAAUACUGUCGAUCACAGUGAAGAUGAUGGUACAGACGACACUCACGACGAAAUACGUCUAUUAAAGAAAUUAUACAAUAAUUAUAAACAAAAGCAUCCAUCAAGAAUGUCGAUCAGACCUGCCGAACAAAACCGCGUCACAUAA